AUGGCCUUGAGGAACCACAGAACCAUCACUGAGUUCAUCCUCCUUGGGCUGUCUGCUGACCCCAGAGUCCAGAUACUGCUCUUGGUGCUUUACAUGGGGAUUUACCUCCUAACCAUGAUGGGGAACCUGAUUCUGCUGCUGGUGAUCAGAGCUGAUUCCCAUCUCCACACAUCCAUGUACUUCUUUCUGAGUCACCUCUCUUUCCUGGAUCUUUGCUUCUCUUCAGUCACACUUCCCAAGCUCCUGGAGAACCUCCUGUCUAAAAAGAAAACUAUUUCAAAGGAGGGCUGCCUGACUCAAGCCUUCUUUGUGUUUGACAUUGGAGGGACAGAAAUCUUCUUGCUCUCAGUGAUGGCCUAUGAUCGCUAUGCUGCCAUCUGCUACCCUCUGCUCUACAGUCAGGUGAUGAGCGGCCAGCUCUGUGUGAGGCUGGUAUGGGCUUCAUGGGGCCUGGGUUUUCUGGAUGCAGUUUUCAGCAUCCCCCUGGCUAUGAACUUGAACUUCUGUGAGAACCACAUCAUCCCCCACUAUACCUGUGAACUGCCUUCUCUCUUCCCUUUGUCCUGCUCUGAUAUUUCCACCAAUGUCACUGUCCUGACAGGCUCCACACUGCUACAUGGCUUCGGUACCUUCUUCCUGAUCUUCUUCUCCUACACACGCAUUGUCUCCACCAUCCUGAGCAUCAGCUCCACCACAGGCAGGAGCAAAGCCUUCUCCACCUGCUCCUCCCACCUCACUGCAGAGAGCUUCUUCUAUGUCUCAGCUUUCCUCCGUUAUCUCAUGCCAACCUUAGGGUCACCUCUGGAGCUAAUCUUCUCCAUACAGUAUGGUAUAGUUACUCCGCUAGCAAAUCCCCUCAUCUAUAGCCUCAAAAACAAAGAAGUAAAGACAGCUCUGAGAAGAACGCUGGGGAAAUGUUUGCAAUGGUAG